ACUCGAAAAAAGAAAACAAGAAAUCCAAGAAUCACGACCCUCGUCCCUCUCUUCUUCUUUCUUCAUCAAUGGCGUCAAGUUCAGGUUCAAUCUCCUUGAAGAUUGUCUCCCUCUGCCUCUUCAUUCUCCUCCUCUCCCUCUCAGGCGCCGUGAGGCCAGUCAAUUCCAUACCCGAAAGGGAGUUCGACUCCAUGCUAGGCGCCCUAAGAGCCCGCGGAUACAACCUCUUCUUCUCCAACGCCAUCACCACCUCCGACCUCCACUUGCAACUCCUCUCCGACUCACUCUCCCCCCAAAUAACUCAUGGGAAUAAUACUCGUCCAAGCUUCUUCACCUUAUUUGCCCCCACCAACUCCGCCUUAUUCGCUCUCGGUAUGACACAAACAGCGUCCUCUUAUACCGACACCCUCCGCCUCCACAUCGUCCCCCGCCGCCUCACGUUAUCCGGCCUCCGUAGCCUCGCUUCACUACCCACACUUCUUCCCUCACGUUCCCUCCGCGUGACCACCAGGCCUGUCUCUUCCCGCCACGGGCUCCGGUCUACUCGUUUGAUCCUCUCCGUUGACAACAUAGACGUCGUUUUCCCGGGGCUCUACUACGGCCGUUACGUGGCCGUUCAUGGCUUGAACGGCGCUCUCAGCCUUGGACUGCAGUCUCCAUUGCCACAAGGUUUUCCCCAUCCGGAUCAUUCCUCUACUCGCCGUCCUCAUAGGUUUCUGCUUCCAGUUAACCGCGCAACGGUCUCUUCGGUUCCAGACGUUGCUUUGAAUAACCGAACUAGUCGUAUGGACUUCGCUGAGGCGAACUGUACUACACCAGAAUCCGAAGGCAUAAACCGUUACUCCCCGGCGGAGACAACUGGAAAUCUUGUGAUUUUGCAACCGGAGGAUCAUAUUCCUGCGAAACAUUCCCGAUCUAUCUGGGUUUCGCUGUUGGAGACUGGAAAUGGUGAUGACGGGCACGAGUCUUCAAGCGAAGCCCCGUCGCCGUCAAUGGAUGUGCUAGAAGAUGGGAUGAUAACGGUGGAGAAACCUUGGCUGUUGGAUGAGCAAUCCGAGGACUAUACGAUAACAGAUAGUGGUUGAGCAUCGGACCAACUCAGUGUCCGGGGAUGUUCAUCCGCAUGCUGUGAGCCUGUGAAGCCUCAAAAAAUUCAUUUCACUUUUUUGUUUGUGGGUGAUUCUACUUGCCUAGAAUUUUUUGCUUCCGCAAUCGUUUGGGAGAACUGAUUUGACGUGUGCAUGUUACGAAUCUUCGUAGCUUUUGGUAUUGCAUUUUCAUGCAAAAAUACACAUAAAAAUUCAAUUGAAUAAACAUUUGAUAAAAAUACACCAAAAAUUGUAGCUGGGCUGAAAUUGCGAAAUUUAAGUGAUUUUCGGAUGAACA